GUCGCUAGACAUUCUCCCCAGUGAGUCCAGAGACAAGUGUCAGGAAAACAUGGCAAGAAAUCUACUUGUAAUUAUAGGUUUUUGGCUGGCUUUCGUCCACUUUGCUUGCCGAAGCUCCACCUCGGCUAUGGAGUUGAGUAUUUCCGUGCCAGAAAACGUCGCUGUCGGAGAGACCAUUUUCACGUUACCUUGGACCCAGGCUGAAGAAAAGGCGGAACUUCCGUGUGCCAAGAUGGAGGGAGAUCCGUACGACCGCUUCAACGUGACGGAGAACUGCACCGUUUGGGUCGCCAACCCCCUGGACUGGUCAGUACAGUCGGUCUACCUUCUCAACAUUCGUCACAACGCAAGAAUCAAGGUAGAGUUGACAGACGUUGAGGGUUAUCCCCCUGUGUAUAACGAGACGUGUGAGACUCCGAUCAACCGUAAAUAUCGACCUGGACAAAUGCUGUUCAGUACCACUGUGAGUGGGGCGUCAAUGACCACAAACGCAGGGCUUUUCGUUUUCCAGCAAACCUACAGUGCUGUUUCUAAGAGCUGGGCCCAUGAACCGUGGAUGCUUAACACUGAAAACAGUGAUUGUAACAUCCGUAUAGCUUUUCACACUACUCAUCCUAUAGACCUGAUGAGACUAUUUGACGUCUGGCGUAAUGGUAUAUUAGAUCAACAACAAUGUAGUGCAGGGUCUGACCUGCCCACGAUUUUAAUCGACUUGAUCAGUCUCAAAUAUGCCAGUAGCGAGUCCAAACGUGUCAGUCUAACAAAGUAUGUGCCCGAAGAGGUAGUUUUUAAUAGAAUGAACCAAUUCAUCGUGUUUUCUUCCAUAACCUUUCCCACAAAAGAGGCAAAAACAUACCAUUGCGAAAUUCCACCCUUUAACUUUUCCACAAUCAGCACGGGCGUUGACGGACUAUAUUUGGAAACUAUUGAAUAUUUGGACAUACAUCUGAAGCCAUUAGGCUGCCCAGAUGGAAAAUACGGCUUGCUCUGUGACAAACACUGUAUCUGUAAGAACGGUGGCCGCUGCCACGGGUUUAACGGUGCCUGCAGGUGUCUUCCUGGGUGGAUAGGUGUUGCCUGUGACAUCCCUACACGUGAGGUGUCUAUUGCAUUGUCACCCAGUGAACCUGAACAUGUCUACAUGUCCGCCAAUUUGACAUUUCAUUGCAAAGCACAUCAUAUCAACGUCAGAACCAUGUGUUUCAAAUUUCCGAACGGAACAGAAAAAGUCAGUGUAGGUGUAAGAGAAUUAAACAUCACGGUUCCCACAGUACAAUCAAAGGACGAUGGCCCAUACACCUGUAAGGUCGAGGACACCCAGGGUGAUACGUUCAACACAACGUUUGUACUCAAUAUCACUAAUUGCCCACCAAACCGUAAAGGUGCCCAAUGUGAUGAAAGGUGUGAUUGUCAACAUGAAGCCAGCUGUGACCGCUGGGCCGGUUGUGUUUGUUCGCCGGGAUGGACGGGAACCAGGUGUCAGACAAAAUGUCCCCAUGGCACGUACGGUAAAGACUGUGCCAAGGACUGUAUCUGCCUAAAUGGUGCGAGCUGCGGCCCUAGCGACGGUAGGUGUAACUGCACGGGCGGCUGGUUCGGAAAGGACUGCAGCAGGCCGUGUCGUGACGGUCGGUACGGCUGGGGAUGUCGCCAGGAUUGUACAUGUGAGAACAAUGCAAAGUGUAACAGCAAAGAUGGCAGCUGCGUGUGCGUGUCGCCAUGGACGGGACGGAACUGUGACGAAUACAUGAACACGUAUGCCUCACUGCUCGAAAGUCUGGUACCACUGGGCUCUUUAGUCUUCCUCGUUGUUAUAGUGACGGCAAUCCUCUACAAAACAGGGGUUCUGAAUUGCUCCGUGCCCGACAUAGGCGAGGAGGAAAAGAUACUUUUCGAGCUGAGGAGAAUGGAGCAGGAUCUGGCACAGAAUCUACAGCCGGGCUGGCUCGGACGUUGGGAGAAGAAGGUCCGACAUCUCACUCCUGGUCCCCUGAUAGGGGAAGGGAUGUUUGGGAAAGUCAGAAGAGCACAACUACGCACACCUAAAGGAGAGCUCGCCGUUGCCGCCAAGACAGUUCGCCUGGAGGACUCGCAGUCCUUCCGAGACUUCUACAGAGAAGCAGCCAUACUAGUAGCUGUGCACCAAGAACGAUGUGACGAUGUUCAGUCCAAUAUUGUUCACCUCGUUGGACUCAUCACUAAGUCUGAGGAAAAGUAUAUUCUUCUGGAAUAUGCUCCAAAAGGUGAUCUCUUAGGUUACCUGCGGCGGCCAAGGGCCGAUCAGGAGGACCUACUCGGAAGUCUUCUUACAUACGCAGUUCACAUAGCACGAGCUCUCCAAGAGCUGGAGCGCCUGAGGAUCGCUCAUCGUGACGUGGCCGCUCGUAACGUCCUCAUCACUGCCGAUGACGUGGCAAAGUUGGCCGACUUCGGACUGGCCAGAGAUGUGUACGCCACCACGCAGUAUGUACGAGCCAACCGGCCAGGCCUUGACGAACUCCUGCCGCUGAAGUGGAUGGCGCUGGAGUCCAUCGAGACCGGCGAGUACACCUGUCAGAGUGACGUCUGGUCCUUCGGCGUGCUGCUGUGGGAGAUCGCCACGCUGGGAAAAGAUCCGUGCUACGAUGGCAGGAUUCAGCUGAGCUUUCUUCAGAUGGUAGGGAUUCUGAGGCAAGGCAUACGGAUGACGAGGCCGCCGGGAUGUCCGGAGGACCUGUACCGACUGAUGAGGGCGUGUUGGCGCGACGUUCCAGAUACAAGACCGACUCCAGACGGGCUAGAACAGAAGCUGUCGCAACUGAUACAAACACUGCUUCCUCACGAAGUCAUAGAAAUGGAAACUGCGAAGUUGCUUGAGUCGUCGCUAGACAUUCUCUCCAGUCAGUUCAGAGACAAGUGUCAGGAAAACAUGGCAAGAAAUCUACUUGUAAUUGUAGGUGUUUGGUUGGGUUUUGUCCACUUUGCUUGUUCCACCUCGGUUACGGAGUUGAGUGUUUCCGUGCCAGAAAACGUCGCUGUCGGAGAGACCAUUUUCACGUUACCUUGGACCAAGGACCUUGCUUGGACCCAGGCUGAAGAAAAGGCGGAACUUCCGUGUGCCAAGACGGAGGGAGAUCCGUACGACCGCUUCAACGUGACGGAGAACUGCACCGUUUGGGUCGCCAACCCCCUGGACUGGUCAGUACAGUCGGUCUACCUUCUCAACAUUCGUCCGAACGCAAGAAUCAAGGUAGAGUUGACAGACGUUGAGGGUUAUCCCCCUGUGUAUAACGAGACGUGUGAGACUCCGAUCAACCGUAAAUAUCGACCUGGACAAAUACUGUUCAGUAUCACUGUGAGUGGGGCGUCAAUGACCACAAACGCAGGGCUUGUCGUUUUCAAGCGAACCUACAGUACUAUUCCCGAGAUCUGGAUCUAUGUAACUAUCGAACCGUGGAUGCUUCACACUGAAAACAGCGAUUGCAACAUCCGUAUAGCUUCUUAUACUGCUCAUCCUGCAGAUCUGUUGACAUUAGAUGACGCCUGGCGUAAUGGUAUACUAGAUCAACUACAAUGUAGUGCAGGGUCAGACCUGCCCAAGAUUUUAAUCGACUUGAUCAGUCUCAAAUAUGAUAGCGAAUCAAAACUUAUCAACCUUACAAAGUAUGUGCCCGAAGAGGUAGUUUUCAACAGAAUGAACCAAUUCAUCCUGUUGUCUUCCCUAACCUUUCCCACAAAAGAUGCAAAAACAUACCAUUGCGAAUUUCCACCUUUUAACUUUUCCACAAUCAGAGUGGGUGAAGGAUCUUCUUUGGAAACUUUUGAAUAUUUUGACAUACAAUUGAAGCCAAUAGGCUGCCCUGGUGGAAAAUACGGCUUGCUCUGUGACAAAAACUGUAUCUGUAAGAACGGUGGCCGCUGCCACGGGUUUAACGGUGCCUGCAGGUGUCUUCCUGGGUGGAAAGGUGUUGCCUGUGACAUCCCUACACGUGAGGUGUCUGUAACAUUGUCACCCAGUGAACCUGAACAUGUCUACAUGUCCGCCAAUAUGACGUUUCAUUGCAAAGCACAUCAUAUCGACGUCAGAACCAUGUAUUUGAAAUUUCCGAACGGAACAGAAAAAGUCAGUGUAGGUGUAAGAGAAUUAAACAUCAUGGUUCCGAAUAUACAAUCAAAGGACGCUGGCCCAUACACCUGUAAGGUCGAGGACACCCAGGGUGACACGUUCAACACAACGUUUGUACUCAAUAUCACUAACUGCCCACCAAACCGUAAAGGUGCCCGGUGUGAUGAAAGGUGUGAUUGUCAACAUGAAGCCAGCUGUGACCGCUGGGCCGGUUGUGUUUGUCCGCCGGGAUGGACGGGAACCAGGUGUCAGACAAAAUGUCCCCAUGGCACGUACGGUAAAGACUGUGGCAAGGACUGUAUCUGCCUAAAUGAUGCGAGCUGCGGCCCUAGCGACGGCAGGUGUAACUGCACGGGCGGAUGGUUCGGAAAGGACUGCAGCAGGCCGUGUCCUGACGGUCGGUACGGCUGGGGAUGUCGCCAGGUUUGUACAUGUGAGAACAAUGCAAAGUGUGACAGCAGAGAUGGCAGCUGCGUGUGCGUGUCGCCAUGGACGGGACGGAACUGUGACAAAUACAUGAACACGUAUGCACCACUGCUCGAAAGUCUGGUACCACUGGGCUCUUUAGUCUUGCUCGUUGCCAUAGUGAUGGCAAUACUCUACAAAACAGGGGUUCUGAAUUGCUCCGUGCCCGACGCAGGCGAGGAGGAAAAGAUACUUUUCGAGCUGAGGAGAAUGGAGCAGGAUCUGGCACAGAGUCUACAGCCGGGCUGGCUCGGACGCUGGGAGAAGAACAUCCGCCAUCUUACUCCCGGCCCUCUGAUAGGGGAAGGGAUGUUUGGGAAAGUCAGAAGAGCACAACUGCGCACACCUAAAGGAGAGCUCGCCGUUGCCGCCAAGACAGUUCGCCUGGAGGACUCGCAGUCCUUCCGAGACUUCUACAGAGAAGCAGCCAUACUAGUAGCUGUGCACCAAGAACGAUGUGACGAUGUUCAGUCCAAUAUUGUUCGCCUCGUUGGACUCAUCACUAAGUCUGAGGAAAAGUAUAUACUUCUGGAAUAUGCUCCAAAAGGUGAUCUCUUAGGUUACCUGCGGCGGCCAAGGGCCGAUCAGGAGGACCCACUCGGAAGUCUUCUUACAUACGCAGUCCACAUAGCACGAGCUCUCCAAGAGCUGGAGCGCCUGAGGAUCGCCCAUCGUGACGUGGCCGCUCGUAACGUCCUCAUCACUGCCGAUGACGUGGCCAAGUUGGCCGACUUCGGACUGGCCAGAGAUGUGUACGCCACCACUCAGUAUGUACGAGACAACCGGCCAGGCCUUGACGAACUCCUGCCGCUGAAGUGGAUGGCGCUGGAGUCCAUCGAGACCGGCGAGUACACCUGUCAGAGUGACGUCUGGUCCUUCGGCGUGCUGCUGUGGGAGAUCGCCACGCUGGGGCAAGAUCCGUGCUACGAUGGCAGGAUUCAGCUGAGCUUUCUUCAGAUGGUAGGGAUUCUGAGGCAAGGCAUACGGAUGACGAAGCCGCCGGGAUGUCCGGAGGACCUGUACCGACUGAUGAGGGCGUGUUGGUGCGACGUUCCAGAUAGAAGACCGACUCCAGACGGGCUAGAACAGUAUCUGUCGCAACUGAUACUUACACUGCUUCGUCAAGAAGUCAUAGAAAUGGAAACUACGGUGUAA